GAACUAAAAUGGAACAUCAAGUAAAACCCCCAAAAGAGGUCAUCGGAUCCCACAAAGCUCGCUGGAUCUGUCUCUGCUAAGCUAUUAAGCGGCGAGAGAAGCCAAGAUCAGUCCCCUUCUCGUCUUUGACUUCAAUCGACAACACUCACUUUUUUAUUUUUUACUUUUUUCUCAUCAAAAAUUUGAUGGCGUCAAAAUUGCAGCAGUUUAAAUUUAAGGCGUGUCAAGCGUCAAAGUUUGUGGCCAAUCAUGGAACGGCUUACUACAAACAGUUGUUGGAGCAGAACAAGCAAUACAUUCAGGAGCCACCGACUGUGGAGAAGUGCAACGAGUUGUCUAAGCAGCUAUUUUACACUCGCCUUGCUAGUAUCCCUGGUCGAACUGAGUCAUUCUGGAAGGAACUUGAUUAUGUCAAGAAUAUGUGGAAGAACAGAAAAGAACUGAAGGUUGAAGAUGCUGGUAUUGCUGCUUUGUUUGGACUGGAGUGCUUUGCAUGGUUUUGUGCCGGUGAGAUAGUGGGAAGGGGUUUUACUUUCACUGGUUACUAUGUCUAAGGGUGAUCUGCUAGUGGAAGAUAUUUCAGGAAGUUGGAUGGGUAUGCUUUUGUCAUCGUCUGCAUGAUUGAAUUGCAGCCAUUCUAGAUGCACAUUUUUUGUUGUUUGAUGAAAUUUUGAAGCUGAGAAACCAGUAGUUAACUUGAUAGCCUGAAUAAUUUUUAUAGUUGAAAUGGCUUAGGUUGAUAAGGCUUGCUGUUGUCUCGUUAUCUUAACGGAAUCUAAUGCGCCCAAGAUUGAUGAUAAUAGUGGAAAUUACUCUCAACUUAUCUCCACUAAUCUCCCAGUCUCUUGCCAAACUUUUCAAUGUUGUGGGAUUAUUGGUUCUAACAGUACCAGCUCAAUCUUGACUAAUUAGAUAUAACUAUUUUCAAUGAUUUAGAUUUCCUUUUUUUGCAAUAGCUUUUAACAGCUUUGGAGGUGCUUUUAGUUGAUCGGCAUCUGUCCAUGGCACGGCAAUGG